GAUCAGGUGGGUUCCGAAAACGAAAGCAUGACAAUUUUCCACAUGGUCAAAGAAGAGAGGAAAAAGAGAAUGUUAAUCUGUCUUCACCUUUGAUGACAUCUUUUAAAUCUUUUCAGCUGGAGCUUGACACCAGGCACGAUAAGUAUGAACGGCUUGUGAAGCUCAGUCGUGAUAUAACUAUUGAGAGCAAAAGAACAAUAUUUCUGCUCCACAGGUUUACCAGCGCUCCCAAUGGGAAAGAAAUACUAAAUGAAUCUGAAGUCAAGCUAGAUGCUGUCCGACGGAAGAUUAAGGAGGUUGCACAAGAACUGAUUGGAGAAGAUAUGUAUCAGUUCCACAGGGCCAUAUCUCCAGGACUUCAAGAAUAUGUUGAGGCAGUCUCAUUUCAGUAUUUCAUCAAAACACGAUCUUUGAUUAGUGUUGAAGAGAUCAACAAACAACUAAUAUUUACAGUGGAAGACAGAGAAGAAACAACAAACACGACCUCCAAUGUCCAUGAAAAGCAACCACGCACUUGGAGCCUGAAGGUGACACCUGUGGAUUACCUGCUGGGAGUGGCGGAUCUCACGGGAGAGCUGAUGCGGCUGUGCAUCAGCAGUGUUGGAAACGGUGACAUAGACACGCCUUUUGAACUGAGCCAGUUCUUACGUCAGAUUUACGAUGGCUUUACUUUCAUUGGCAACACUGGACCUUAUGAAGUGGCUAAGAAGCUGUACACCUUGAAGCAGAGCCUGGCGAAAGUAGAGAAUGCCUGCUACACGCUAAAAGUACGGGGAUCUGAAAUCCCAAAGCACAUGCUGGCUGAUGUGUUCUCCACCAAAACGGAAUUGAUUGACCAGGAGGAGGGCCUGUAAAUAGCCUUAAAAUAAGGAGACUGUUGUGACUUGGAAGGGAAGAGGACUUAGAGAAAAAAAAGGUUUUUAGUUAUGGUUUGUGGGGUUUUGACGCUUCUCAAAGCUUUUCAGGUAGGGACAAUUUUAGUUUUAUCUAUGAGAAUGUUGUUUGCAGCGGUAAUUUGU